AUGGUGUCGUUCCUUAUCCCAUAUCAUAGGCCAAUCGGAGCCGUAUUGGAUGCACUUAAGGCUCAUCGUUUUCUUCGAUUCCUAAACAUGCGAGUUUUAUGUACGCUGUUUCUCCUGCUCUCAGGAAUAAACGUUGAUUGGCCUAAAAUAUCCCCCGUAGCACUCGCCGGAAGCCCGCUAUUUAUUUACAAAUACGCCAUCUUUGCUUUCGCAAUACUCCAUUGUAUAAUGUGUAGCUUCUCUCCUCCAUCGGGACACGAUCAGGACUGCUUAAUCGAAUUGAUGCUGUCAGGUGAUUCUGAUAUGGCCUUGGUAGCCGAGUCACCUGAUGACGCCAUGGCUUGGCGCCUUGCUCUUGCUGAGACCAGACAGCAUUGUCUCAGUUCCACCGGCACGGCACAUAAUCCACCGUCU